AUGGGAUCACCAGAUUCGAAAACCUCACUCGUGAAGAACCGCCAUGACACUGGUGGGGCUUACCAGAGUAUAGGGCGUCCGGACGAGAAACCAGGGUUGAGUACGUGGGAUAUGAUCCUGUUAACCUUGAAUUUGGCUGGAAUACAGUUUACUUGGACUGUUGAACUAUCUUAUGGUACUCCAUACUUACUCCACCUUGGUCUAUCCAAGAAUCAAGUUGCAUUAGUGUGGCUUGCCGGUCCACUCUCCGGACUCAUAAUUCAACCCCUUGUUGGUGCUUUCAGUGAUCGUUCUACUUUCCGUCUUGGUCGUCGAAGACCCUACAUCAUCAUUGGUGGUCUAUUGGUGUGUUUAUCAAUGAUUGCGGUCGCAUACAGUAAAGAAUGGGCUGAUAUUUUUGUUAGAUGGAAAGGAUGGGAAGAUUCUGAACAUACGAAAACCUCGAUCGCUAUAUGGAUCGCAGUAGUAGCUUUCUAUUUUCUCGAUUUUUCACUCAACGCAGUGAUGGCAUCUUGUCGAGCUUUGAUUCUUGACAUCCCUCCUCCCCGGCAACAAGAGCUUGGUAAUGCGUGGGCAGGGAGAAUGAUUCACUUUGGGAAUGUCAUUGGCUUUACUGCUGGAUACAUAGACUGGAUCGGAUAUUUUCCUCUAUUGGGAGAUAGUCAAUUGAAAGUAUUAUGCUCGAUUGCAAUUCUCACCCUGGUUUUAUCUUUAUUGGCGACUUGUUUGAGUGUUAGUGAAGAAGCAUAUGUAAAUAUUGACGAGAAUAAUGAGCCAUGGUAUUAUACUUUGGUAUCCAUUUAUAGAGCAUUUAGAUAUUUACCCGUGCCAGUACAAAAAGUCUGUAAUGUACAGUUUUUUGCAUGGAUGGGAUGGUUUCCAUUCUUAUUUUACAGUACGACUUGGAUUAGAGACAUCCACGUAACAAACAAUCCACACAAUGACAAUGCAUACGAAGAAGGCACUCGUUAUGGCUCGCUUGCUCUUCUUCUCUAUUCAAUAAUCUCAGUAAUUGCAGGGGUUAUUCUCCCACAACUCACCGCCACAUCAACUCCCAUAUGUAACCAAUUUACAAUAUACAAUAUCUACACUGCAUCGCAUAUUAUGUUUGCACUUUCGAUGCUUGCCACAUACUUUGUUGGUGAUGUUCCACAAGCAAUGGUCGUUCUCGCCUCUGUAGGGAUACCUUGGGCAGCGUCUAUGUGGAUUCCAUAUGCGCUGGUUGGUGAAUUUGUUGCCAUUAAAGACGAGAGAGCUAUCGCUGCUAAUGCAGACAUAAGGCCAGUAGAUAACCACGAUAUCGAACAAGUGAUUGCUGAAUCUUCAUCUUCUGCAUCAGAAAGUACUCUGCCACUAUCCCUGGAUGAGGAAAUAAAAACUAAUGAUGAAAAUUCUAGAACGGAAGAUGCUUCAGACAAUGAAGAAGAAGAAGAAUUUGAUGCUGGAACAGUUCUUGGAAUACAUAACAUGUAUAUUGUUUUUCCUCAAUUUGUUAUCUCAUUGAUAAGUUCGGCUAUUUUCUCUGUUGUUGAAGCUAAGAGACAGGGAUUACAUGAUGGAGAAGGCGAUGAAGGGGUAGCUGGUGAUGUUGGUAUCGUGUUAAGGUUCGGAGGAUUAAUGGCGAUAAUAGCAGCUAUCCUAUCAAGAAGUUUGGUCCAUAUACCAAUUACGGGGAGGUAG